AAUAUGGUAUCAAGUUUUCGUGUUUCUGAACUACAAGUGUUGUUGGGGUUUGCUGGACGUAAUAAAAGCGGACGGAAACAUGACCUCCUGAUGAGGGCACUGCACUUACUGAAGAGCGGCUGCAGCCCAGCAGUUCAGAUAAAAAUUAGAGAACUCUAUAGGCGCCGGUACCCAAGGACGAUUGAAGGACUUUCGGACUUAACAGCCAUAAAACCGGCGGUUUUCAAUCUGGACAAUAGUUCCUCUCCUGUUGAGUCUGACCUGGCGGUUGCUGGCAUUCACCCGCUCCCUUCGACUUCCGUCACGCCUCAGUCUCCUUCUUCACCUGUCGGUUCCGUGCUCCUCCAAGACACUAAGCCCCACUUUGAGAUGCAGCAGCCGUCCCCUCCGAUUCCACCCGUUCAUCCUGACGUUCAACUGAAAAGCCUCCCUUUUUACGACGUGCUUGACGUGCUCAUAAAACCUACAAGUCUAGUACAGAGCAGUAUUCAGAGGUUCCAAGAGAAGUUUUUUAUCUUUGCUUUAACACCUCAGCAGGUCAGAGAAAUCUGUAUUUCCAGGGACUUUUUACCAGGAGGCAGGAGAGAUUACACAGUCCAAGUCCAACUAAGGUUAUGCCUAGCAGAGACAAGCUGCCCUCAAGAAGAUAAUUACCCUAAUAGUUUGUGUAUUAAAGUAAAUGGGAAGCUGUUUCCAUUGCCGGGAUACGCUCCGCCGCCAAAAAAUGGAAUUGAACAGAAGAGACCUGGACGCCCCUUGAAUAUAACAUCUCUAGUUAGGUUGUCGUCAGCAGUGCCAAACCAGAUCUCCAUCUCCUGGGCUUCGGAAAUUGGAAAGAAUUACUCCAUGUCUGUGUACCUCGUUCGUCAGCUCACUUCAGCGAUGCUUCUGCAGAGGUUAAAAAUGAAAGGUAUCAGAAACCCCGACCAUUCCAGAGCACUGAUCAAAGAAAAACUAACUGCAGAUCCUGACAGUGAGAUUGCCACGACUAGUCUGCGCGUGUCUCUGAUGUGUCCUCUGGGAAAGAUGAGACUGACAAUCCCAUGCCGGGCUGUGACUUGCACACACCUGCAAUGUUUCGAUGCUGCUCUUUAUCUUCAGAUGAACGAAAAGAAACCGACCUGGAUCUGCCCUGUCUGUGACAAAAAGGCAGCUUAUGAGAGCCUAAUAUUAGAUGGGCUUUUUAUGGAAAUCCUUAAUGAAUGUUCGGAUGUGGAUGAGAUCAAGUUCCAAGAAGAUGGCUCCUGGUGCCCCAUGAGGCCAAAGAAAGAAGCUGUGAAAGUCUCAAGUCCACAAUGCACCAAAAUAGAAAGUUCCAGUGUUGUUACCAAACCAUGUUCUGUGACAGUGGCCAAUGAGGUAAACAAGAAGAAAGUUGAUGUUAUUGACUUGACAAUAGAAAGCUCUUCCGACGAAGAGGAAGACCCUCCUGCCAAAAGGAAGUGCAUAUUUAUGUCUGAAACGCAAGGGAGCCCAACCAAAGGGUUGUCUGUAAUUUCCCACGCUGUUCGAAACAGGGUUCUCAUGUAUCAGCCCUCUGCUGUCCGGGUGCCCAGCGUCACCGCCGUCGACGCCGCCGCCAUUCCUCCCUCACUCACCGACUACCCAGUACCAUUCCAUCACCCACCAAUCUCCAGCAUUUCGCCCGACCUGCCAGGUCUGGAUUUUCUUUCCCUAAUCCCAGUUGAUUCACAGCAGUACUGUCCUCCUAUGUUUUUGGAUAGUCUCACCUCAACCUUAACAAGCAGCACGCCUGGCAGCAGCAUCAUCACCUCCACCAGCCAGCAGGAGAGCAGCACGCACGUUAGCUCCUCGGGCAGGAGCGAGACGGGAGUGAUAACCAGCAGCAGCAGCAGCAGCGGAGGCGGCAGUGCUCCGGACAUCAUCUCGCUGGACUGAAACCAGGGGUGGCCCCUGGUGCUGGUGGUGGUGGUGGUGGUGGUGGGACACACUCCAGGAGACAUCUCGCCCGACAAGAGCUGGCCACUCCCACUUCUGCAACUCCAGCAUCUUGCAAGUUCGUUCUGGUAAUUUAUUGAAAGGAUUUGCCUUCUGGAAAACGGAGUCUGUUCAUCUACACUAGGAACAGAAGCGAUGGAUUAUUAUUUCUUUUGUUCUUGCUCAUUAAAUAGCUGGUAUCAAAAAGGCCCCUUCAGAACAUGCUUUGAUGUCUUCAGCUUGUUCUGGGGAAACUGACUCUUUUUUGUUGUUGUUGCUAGGUGGAUUCCACAUGUGGUCUUUAAUUUUAUUGUAAACCACAGCAAUAAUGUAAAAACAAGUAAAAAAAACUUUUUUAAAUAAUAAAAAAAAAAAGGCACUUAACCACUCUAGAACAAGAAGAACAACCUGGGCAAAGGUGCAGAAGUGUAUGCAUUGGUGAUUCUUUUGAUAUUUUCACUGGGGCCUGUAAUAAACUUCAUUUAAGACAAUGAAGCUUUGUGAAAUAGCCAUGACUUGUGUUGUAAGUCUCUUGUUCCCCAGUUCCCACUGGGGGGGAUGCAGGGGAAGCCUCUGUAAAUGGGAUUAUUUUGGGGAUAUUUGUUGGGGGGUUUCUUCCUCAUUUUGUGUUUUUCAUAAAUGCAACAAAAUCCUAAGCUGUGACUUCUUCCUCUUCAUGUUCUUUGGGCUGGGGAGGGGACAAACUAUGCAAACCCUGCAUUACACCAUCUCUGUGCUGUCAGGUCACAACUCGGACAAGUCUCCACCACCAAAACCUCCAAACUAUGCACAGUUGAAUUUCUGGUUGGAUAACUUUAAGAAUGAAUAGAAAAAAAACCCCACAAACCAACUUUCAAACUCAAAUUCCGAUUAUAAAGUCCUUAGUGGCCCUCUUUGAAGCUACCACCCCUCAGCAGAUGACCGAGUGAAAUGUGUGCUUGCUUUGGCAGCUGUAAGGAGACAACACAGGGAUUACUUUCUCCUACAUAAGAUUAUUUUGUAGGAUCUUUUGCUCCCAGCUUCUGUCACUUCUUCUGCUUGGGAAUACCACCCCCUGCCUUGCCCUGAGGGCGGCUUGGCUUUUUGGAAGAUAAUCCACAGUAUUCCCACCAAACUGGAAUUAUGUGUUUAGGGCUUAAUAAUGUUUUGUCCCCCAUUCCGUGGCCUCCUAAUUGUGGCUUUUCUAAGUCAAUGGGAACAAUUUCCUCCCCUUUUAUUCCUCUGAUGAAUUUUCGGUGUCUCCCCUGUAUGUGGAAGAGGUAACAGACCAGGAAAACAGAGUCAUUUCCAUAAUGCUGGAAUAAUGGUAUUGUCUAAAUAUGUUGACAGCAGAUUUUCCAAGUGUUGUGUUUCUGUUGAGUAACUGUAUUUGAGAUGAUUCCUUAAUUAGGAGCUUUCACUUUUUUUUUUCCUAAUUUUCUGUUCCUUCUUUCUUAUUUCUUUAGUUAAAUGUCUGGUGCUUUUUGCCUUCCAUUACUGUGACAGUAUUUGAACAAAGUACACGGAUGAGAAAUACGGAAGCAGGAUGUGUUGUAUCUCGUCUGCCCCGUGCUCCCACCUUUAAUGCUGUGUUACUGUUCCUCAUUGCAUUUUUUUUUUUUUUCAGUAUGAUCUUUCACAGCAGUCUUUAAUUCUUAUGUUGCUCUUGGUAUCGCAUCCAAUCUUCUCUUUUCCUUAUGUUGAAUUUUUUGUACCUGUUAAGGAUCAUUUUUUAGCAUGAUUUAUUUCCAAUAAAGUCAUGCUACUCGUGGAGGUUUAUUUUUUUCCUAAUGGCUUGCAGCCCGUCAGUGCUUCCUGCAUCAUGAUCGCAGAGUGACUCGAGCUAUAAAUAGAGUGUGGAGACAGAGGUUCCAGAGUCAUGCUGAAUAAAGCCUUUAAAACUGA